UCAUCUGGGAGUCUAGAGAGGCGGGUCGGAGGGCGAGAUCCGGAUCCGGAGCGGCUGAAAGGCGGAAGUGGAGGCCGGAGCCUGGGACACCGCCGGGGGUAGAAGAGCGGAGCCUGUCCGAGCCCCGAAGUAACGCCGCCGCCCCGGAGCCGCCUUGGAGGGCCCCUCCUCACUAAGUGCCUCUUCGCGUCGCACCGGUCCCCGCCCCCACGCUCACUGGUACCCCGACAGCAACACGGGCCAUGGCGGGUCGGGGAGGCGCAGCACGCCCCAAUGGACCAGCCGCUGGGAACAAGAUCUGCCAGUUCAAGCUGGUCCUGCUUGGGGAGUCGGCGGUGGGCAAAUCCAGCCUCGUCCUCCGCUUCGUCAAGGGGCAGUUCCACGAGUACCAGGAGAGCACGAUCGGAGCGGCCUUCCUGACACAGACUGUCUGCUUGGACGACACAACAGUCAAGUUUGAGAUCUGGGACACGGCGGGGCAGGAGCGGUAUCACAGCCUGGCCCCCAUGUACUACCGGGGGGCCCAGGCCGCCAUUGUGGUCUACGACAUCACCAACACAGACACGUUUGCACGGGCCAAGAACUGGGUGAAGGAGUUACAGAGGCAGGCGAGCCCCAACAUCGUCAUCGCACUUGCGGGGAACAAGGCUGACCUGGCCAGCAAGCGAGCUGUGGAGUUCCAGGAAGCGCAAGCCUAUGCAGAUGACAACAGUUUGCUGUUCAUGGAGACCUCAGCAAAAACCGCCAUGAACGUGAAUGAGAUUUUCAUGGCGAUAGCCAAGAAGCUCCCCAAGAACGAGCCCCAGAACACUGCAGGUGCUCCAGGCCGGAACCGCGGCGUGGACCUCCAGGAGAGUAACCCAGCCAGCCGGAGCCAGUGCUGCAGCAACUGAGCCCCCUCAACUGCCCACCGCCCCCUCCUCCUCGGCCUGAACAACCCGACUGGAAUCUACUCUAACCAAUCGCACUUAAUGACUCGGGCCGCCACUGGGGGCAGGGGAGGGCUCCACCAUUGAUUUCUCCAUAGAAUCUUGCUCAUAGGCCGGAGUGAGUUAUCCACCUGCACCUUUCUGUACAAAUACUAAUUCAAUUUUAAGUCUUAA